AUGCCCAAGUCGUGGAAGGAUGAUCUCCGCGUUUGGAAGGGCCAACGGAAGUACAUUCCAUAUGAGGACCUCAAGCAGAGUAUUGAGGGCAAGGUGCGCGACCUCCAAGCCCAAGAGCGCUACACAUUGGCGAAGGGCACACCGAAGACGACAGCGACCAAGAGCGACCGUGCCCUGGUUGCGGUUGGACCUACAAGUACUUCGCCCACCCAUGGCAACAGCUACAACAAUACCUGCUCGUACUGCGACCGCCCGCGCCACGCUAUCCGUCACUGCAGGAGCCUACAGAAGGACCUGCGGACUGGACACGUGAAGGCCGGUACUGUACUGCCUGCGAACGUUGUGUUCAAAGGCAACUCAAAGCGUGAGUACCCGAAGAACAAGGGCAAGAACAAGCGCAAUGGAAACGGUGCUGGUGGUAACUACAACGGCAAUCGUGGCAAGGAUCGACAGCGCCAAAACCGCCAAGAAAGCUCUGAUUAUGAUGACUACCGUCGGAGCAAGUCCCGCGAACGCAAACGCCGCCAGGACGACUCGGACGAUGAUGAUGAAGCCGAUGGCAACCGUCGUAAGGUAUUUCGCCAAGAACGCCGCGAGUCCGGCCUGAUUGCUGUAGCCACCGCCAUCAACCCGCCUCUGAGUCUCACAGCUCAAGCCAACGUUGAUAUGGACACCACGUGGACCAUUGAUUCUGGAGCGACGAGGAGAGGCGUGUUGUCGCCGUCUCUCUUCGGAUCGUGA